UGUUGUCCCAUCGUUGGUAUGGGUGGGUUGGGUAAAACCACAUUGGCUAGAUUUGCUUAUAACGAUGAUGCGGUGGUGAAGCAUUUUAGUCCAAGAGCAUGGGUUUGUGUGUCUGAUGAGUUUGAUGUGGUGAAAAUAACGAAGGCUAUUCUCGGCGCCAUCUCUCAACAGAGCAACGAUUCCAACGAUUUCAAUAAACUCCAAGUUGAAUUAAGCCAAUCAUUAGCUGGAAAAAGGUUUUUGCUUGUCCUGGAUGAUGUUUGGAACAGGAACUAUGAAGAUUGGAAUAACUUGCGAUCCCCUUUCAGGGGAGGGGCUAAAGGAAGUAAAGUCAUAGUAACCACACGCAAUAAACAAGUGGCAUUAAUGAUGGAACCAUCUGAUAACUACCACCACUCUCUUGAGCCUUUAUCAGACGAUGACUGCUGGUCAAUAUUUGUACAACAUGCAUUUGAAAACAGAGACAUCCAAAAACAUCCCAAUUUAAAAUCAAUAGGCAAGAAGAUUGUGGAAAAGUGCGAUGGUUUGCCGUUACCAGCAAAGGUGCUUGGUGGUCUCUUACGCUCCAAACAGCGAGACGAUGAAUGGGAGCAUAUAUUGAAUAGCAAAAUUUGGAGUUUAUCAGAUACCGAAUGUGACAUCAUUCCUGCAUUACGGUUGAGUUAUCAUCUUCCAGCGCAACUAAAAAGAUGCUUUGUUUAUUGCGCAACAUUUCCUCAAGACUACGAAUUUAAGGAAACUGAGCUAAUCUUGUUAUGGAUGGCGGAGGGAUUAAUUCAACCAUUGGAAGGAAAUAAGCAAAUGGAAGAUUUAGGUGGUGAGUACUUUCGUGAAUUGGUGUCAAGGUCAUUUUUCCAACAGUCUGGAAAUGGUGGAUCACAAUUUGUCAUGCACGACCUCAUAGGAUCUUGCUCAAUCAGUUGCUGGACAACUAUGUUUCAAUUUGGAGGAUAAGUUGGAGCAUAAUAAGAACCAUACCAUUUCACGAGACA